AUGACUACCGAUUUACCAAGCGAGGAGAAGAUCUCUAUGGAGAACUUCGCACUUUUGCGAGUUCUCGGCAAGGGAGCUUAUGGAAAAGUUUUUUUGGUUCGAAAAAUAGGAGGCAAAGAUCAUGGGCAAGUAUACGCCAUGAAAGUGCUGAGGAAAGUUAGAGUGCUCUCAAAGCCAAAAACCCUGGAGCACACGUUAGCCGAACGCCAGGUAUUGGAACGUUUGCGCGGUAUUCCUUUUCUUGUAAAUCUCUACUAUGCCUUCCAAACGGAUACUAAACUACAUAUCGUAAUGGAGUACGUCCGCGGUGGUGAGCUUUUCACGCACUUGUGCAGCCGCGGUGCAUUUGAUGUCGCAGCAGCUAAAUUUAUAAUCGCUGAACUUAUCAUUGCUAUCGACAGUCUUCAUAAACGCAAGGUGAUCUACCGUGACCUUAAGCUGGAAAACAUUUUGUUGGACGAAAAUGGGCAUGUGAAGUUGACUGACUUCGGUUUAAGUAAACUAUUAGUGCCUGAGGAAUUGGAACGUGCUAAUUCUUACUGUGGGACUAUCGAAUACAUGUCCCCUGAAGUUAUUAAUCGACCUGAAGGCGGCUACUCGGAUGUUGUUGAUUGGUGGUCGAUGGGAGUGAUUUCGUUUGAACUUCUUACAGGUUGCAGUCCUUUUACUGUUGACGGUGCUGCAAAUUCUAGUAAAGAGAUAGCUAAGAGGAUCAUCUCCAAAAAAGUCCCAUUUCCACGAAAUAUGGACCCGGACGCAAAAGAUUUUAUUGGAUCUUUACUAGAGAAAAAACUAGAAAAACGCCUUGGUUACAAUGGUGUAGAAGAAAUUAAAAACCAUCGAUUUCUUCGAGACAUUGACUGGAAUAAGGCGGCUAACCGGCAGCUUACUCCCUUCAUUGUGCCGAACAUCACGCAUGAGCUUGAUGUUCAAAACUUCGCUACGGAAUUCACCAAUCAACAACCUCUGUACUCUCCUGCUGAAUCUCCCAUCAAUGCAAAUGCUCUUUUUAGGGGAUACUCGUACAUUUCGCCUUCUGUGAUUUUCGCUAACAACAACAUCAUCGGGGAAGAAUUAAUGCAAGAGGACAUACAGGCACUUCUAGCAAAUUCGUCAUUUUUUGGCAAGUACAAACUUGACACCACAGAAAAGGGUUAUCUAGGUAGAGGCUCUUUCUCAGUAGUUAGGCGCUGCGAACGGAUAGAGGACGGUGCGAUGUUCGCUGUAAAAAUUGUGUCGCAAAGAUUUGCUACGCAAGCUCAGCGUGAAGCACGAAUUUUAGACAUUGUUAGAGGUCACAUAAACAUCGUAAGACUCGUCGAUGUGCAUUCCGAUCCAUUGCACUACUAUAUCGUUAUGGAAUUAUUAACAGGACAGGAGUUGUUGGUUAGGCUCAGAAAACUUGAAAAAUUUACUGAGGCAGAGGCUGCCGACAUAAUGCGACAAUUAGUGUCGGCCGUCGGCUUUUUGCAUGCGAAACGAAUAGUUCAUCGGGAUCUGAAACCUGAGAACAUUUUAUUUGAGAGCGAGGAUCCUCACGCUCUUUUACGACUGGUGGAUUUUGGAUUCGCACGGUUAUUACCCGCUUGUGUUGAACAACAGCUGAAGUCAGUCUAUCGGAAAAUGACGCCAUGUUUCACUCUUCAAUAUGCUGCUCCUGAAGUUUUGGAUCUCGGAGACACUCUUCCGGAGUACAAUGAACAAUGCGAUUUAUGGUCCUUAGGCGUUAUUUUGUUCACGAUGCUCUCUGGUCAAGUUCCGUUCCAUGCUCGUUCCAAGACCGAAUCUGCCACUGAAAUAAUGCAACGAAUAAGGAAAGCGGAGUUUUCUUUCGAAGGGGACGCGUGGAGAGCAGUAUCAGCGGAAGCCAAGCAGCUCAUCAAUGGUUUGCUUACGGUUGAUCCGAAAAAGCGACUUUCCAUGCAAGAACUGUCACGACACAAAUGGCUGCACUCAUCAGCAUCUCUUGAAACCCCUCUUCAAACUCCUAGCGUGCUGCCGUCAUUUGCCGGAGAAACCUUCAACGAAACUUUGCAAGCGUUCUUAACAGCGAAUCGUGAUGGAUUCCAUUUGAUGGAAGUUGAUGCCGCUCCUUUGAUGAAACGACGUGGGCUGAAACGACAAAGUGCUGAAAAAGAAGCUAGUGAAAAGGCUUCCAAACGAGUAGCGGCAUUCGAAACGGUCCCAGAAGAGCACUCGACUUCUUCGACUCCUCGUCCCACUCAAUUGGGUAUGAUUUCCCCCGACGUGAUGAUGAAUUAUCGUAUUCCACCAGCUGGGACGAUUCGUGACACUCGAGAUUUGAAAAUGCUUCGUUAA